AUUCUCCCUGGAAAGUUCUCUGGAAUCCAGGCUUCUGCCCGCAGGGCAGGGUCGGGGCUGGAGGAGCAAGUCCCUGUGUGCCCUCACCUGCCCACGGGACCACGCACCAGCCCUGACCACUGGCAGACAGAAGCCUGAACCUGGCCCAGACCAGCUGCUGUCUCUUCUGCAGGACAGGCUGGUUGCAGCCCCAGGGGUGUGGCGGCCCACAGCGGCCUGAGCCAGUGUGAGAUGCGCAGAGACAAAGCAUCAGGCUGUGGUGCCUGCCCCGUGGGGCCCCAACCUCUGUCUACAUGCCCGAGGGUCCCGCAGGCCCCUGUGGCGGCUCCACCCUAUCUGCCUUGUCCCCGAGUAGGACAGCCACGGGGCAGGAGUGGGCUCCACUCGCGCUGCCCCAUCCCAGGCGAGGCCCUGGGUUCAGGAAGUGUGUGCAGUCCCGGGCAGGCCAAGCCUUGCUCACGGUGUCUGUGCCGUCCCAGGCCCCAGAGGAGUCGGGGCAGGUGAGCGGAGAGGGGCCCAGCGGAUAAGCGGCCCAACCGAGCCCCAAGCCCGUGAGAGGUGCCCUGGCCUACCUGCUGCCUCCGGGCGGGUCCUGCGCUGUGGGUGCCGUCCUCAUGGGCUCCGGGCUGCCGGGUCUGCCCCCGCCCUGUAGGAGCAGUGGGGCCGUCAGAGGGGCUCUGUCGUGCUCCAUGGCUGGCACCCCCACGUUGGGCUCUCCUUCCGUACCUCGAGGGGGCUGUCCAGGAAGAGGAUGGGGUGGUACCCGGGCGGAGGGGGCCCGAGGCGGACAUCAGAGAACUGGGCACAGCCUUGCUCCACUCGCUGACAGGCCUCAGGGCAGCGGGCCGCCCGCGUCCUGGCUGAAGGAAAGGAGGUUCUCAGAAGAACGAAGAGCGGAAAGGCCUCCAAGUGUUGGAGGCAAAGACGGGAGAGAACCUUCCCCGUGGCCUCUCUGAAGUGCCUGUGUGGCCGAGGUGGUCGCGACACGGACGGUCAUGUGGGUCUCAGGGGGCGGGGGAUCCUGGCCCCGGGGCCAGCAUCUGGGCCACAUGCCAUGUCCACGUGUGGGCCGAGGCAGGUGCGCACAGAGCAGGCUCUGUGGCGGGUGUGCUCUGGGCUCCACCGCCCCUAGUGCCCCUUUGCCUGGGGCCAGCUCCGGGCCUGGCAGGUGACGCUCUUGCCACAAAGCCCUGCUGGCCGAGGCCCUGGGUGUCUGGGGCAGGACUGCGCAGGCUGCAGGUCGGAGGCCUUGUGCUCGGCCAGAGCCCAAUGCUCUCUUCUGACCAGUGGGAACAGACUACUUGACGACGGCUACGUGUGUGCAGGCGACACGGGGCUCUUCAGUGACACGCACGGAAGAACCUGCAGCCAGCAGUCCCCAUGGAGGCAACACCCCAGGAGACCCCGAAACUCCCUGCAGUGGGCACCCCACUGGGAUGCCUGCCCAUCCCACUCGCAGCCCAGCCACCCCCUCCCUGCCUCUUCUGAACCAAGGGCCCACACCGAACCUGGAGGGGCUCUGCCCCCAGGCACCCGGGACCCUCCCAAAUAUAAGCAUGUCAUGCCCACUGUCCUUUGGCAGCUGGGCUCCUGGGCCUUCUGCCCCGAGGGUCCCUGCCCGCCCCCUGCAGUGGGGAGCAGUCACAAGGAGAAGCGGCCAAGCCUCAGGGAGGCGGCUGAAGGCCCUCCCAGCCGAGCCUGCAGGGCGGCCCCCUUGGUGGGUGGGGGGUCCCCGGUGGAUGGGGGGCUCUGGGUGAGUGGAGGGGCAUCUCUCACCCGGGUCCCGGGGGAGCCCUGAGCAGCCGCAUUAACCCCCCUCCCUGGAGCCCAGCUUCUGCAGGGAGAGGGGGAGAUGGCCCCAUGGCACCUUCAAGUUACGGGCGGCGAGUUAUUUUUCUCAGAGGUGUCUUAAUCGCGUCAUUAGGGCCGCGAUAAAAAGCAAAGUCUCCGUCUGCAAGGACGUCCCCAGCGAAUGCCCUUCUCACGUUUCUUUUGCUGCCUCGCACUUUGCGUCCUGGGCAGCAAAGGGGAACCGCUGCUGGAGGCAUAAUUUCCGCUUGUUAACGCGCCGCCGGUUUCCACGCAGCUGCGAGAGGAGCUCACGGCCUGACUCCUUUAUAAAGGCCUCCAGCCCUGUCCUGACAGCCCUCUGCCAAGGUGACUGUGCCACAGCGGCCCCCAGUCGGAGCAGCCGCCUCGGGCCUGUGCCCACAGGCGCCGUGGCCAGGCUGGGGACGCGGCAGGGACGCAACAGCGCUUGUCGCCUCUGCCACGUGCCGACGGGCCGUCUGCAGAGGCCGGUCCUCCUGACCGUUGGGGGCGUCCAGCCCCUGCAGGAGGUUCUCCGGGAGACCAGGCUGCCCUGCAGCACAGGGUCUGCCCUGAUUGCCACGUGGAUGACAAUGGACCGAGGCUCGGAUGCGGAGUGAGAGCCACGGCUCCCGGAGGCACUCACGUUGUGAGACCCAGCAGGCGGACUGCGUGGGGCAAGGAUGCAGAAAACCCCGGGUGGCUCAGGACUGCCUCCCCGUCUCAGCCACGAGGGGGGCCGUCCACCAUCCAGGGACAGAGCAGAGGGCUCCAGGGCCCUUCUGGCUGCAAACCCCGAAGGCAGCUCUGAGUACUGGGAGGGAACCCUCUAGUGCAUUUGGACCCUGGCCCGGGACCUGGAAGCGCAUCCAAUCCCGAGGGAUGGCUCCCACAAAGAGGCAAGGAGGGCGGGCGGCAGGGCAGCCUCUGGAAUCAGGCCGGCAUGGGCACAGGAGGCCGAGGGUGCUGUUGCUGACGAGGGCACCCAUCCCGCAAGUGUGUGCUGCCUGUGCUGGGCACCUGACUGCUUCCUCUUCGUCUCCAAGCCCGAUUCCUGCCCUCCUGCCACUCGGCGCCCAUCUUGGUGAAAGGCCCCACCAUCCACAGGUUACUCGGCCAGGAACCUGGGCGAGACCCUCUCUCCCGCCUGAUACUGGCCUUCCCAUGCCCCUUUGGUCCUUGUCCUUGCUGGCAGCCCCAUGGCCACCGUCUCGGGGUCCAGGCCACAGCCCUGCUUGCUGGUUCCAGCUCUGGCCGUCCAUCCGCCCCUCCCGCUCCAGCACAUGGACCCACAAUCCGGAUCGAAAUCCAAUGGCUUGCAGCCUCAGCACGAGCGGGCCCUGUCCUCCCUCGGCCGAGCCAGACCGCACUUUCUGGACGCUCGGCGGCCUCCGCUCCCCUACUUUCCCAGGAUGUUGCCGCAGGGCUUUCUCACCGUCGCCUUGUGGCAAGCCUGGUCCCGAGCGGCCAAACCAACCACACAAAAGGCGGGUGCCGCUUUCUCACAACAUGCUCAGUUGCAGAGACACCGCUGGGCACACGGUGAGGCCACGGCACGGCCCCCCAGCGCCGCUCCUGGGGGCAGGCCCACAGCCACUCCAAGGUGCAUCAGAGCCCCUGAGGUGCCAUCAGCCCCAAAUCUGGGCUCCAUGGGCCCCAAGGAUGCUGCUAGGGAGAAAGACACUCCCCAGCCCCUCGUGGGGACCACGUUCCCUGGCGUGGGUCCUGCCCUGGCCUCCAGGGCCCUGGGGCCCCGUUUCUGGGCCCCCCUGCCCGGCCAGCCAAGCCAGGGGGCCCUGCAAACACCAUGCCCAACUCCAGCUCUGGCAGUGAGUUCUGUCGACUUGAAUGACAGCUAUGGCUUUAUCAGCAAGAUAAAGGUCACAGGGCUGCCUCCAGGGGGCGGAGGCUGAGUCUGCCAGGGAGAGCGGGCAGCCCGACCUCUCUGGGUGGGAAACGCCGAUUAAUUAUCUUUUUACAGCCCACUCAAUUAGACUCCCUAGUCACCUGUGUAGGACACAGAGGCGAGAGACGAAGAAGCCUCUGGAAUAAACAAGGCUCCUGCGGACCCAGCCGCCCCCCGGGUGGACAGUCAGCUCCAGGAGAGCCGUUUGCUCACUUGUGGGAACCCAGCCCCUGAGAUGACAUCGGCCCUAAGAGAACGGCCCACCUUCAGGACAGACUCCAUCAGCAGGGAGCAGGCAGGACUGGAGGGGACCUAGCCGGCAAGUGGCCUUUCGAAGGACGAAAUGCUGAUUCCAAGGCUUCCAGACGCCAGGAACCCAGAAGCAGGUGGGGGGCCUGGGACUCGCCCUCUUCCCCGUGAUGCUCCCGGGAAGCCAGGCCCUGACAGUGGGUGCAAGCACACACUUACACCUGGCUGUGCAUGGACGCUCACACAUGUGUGCAUUCACACAGGCACACACGUGGUAGCCCUGGCGCCUCCCUAUAGGGGCGUCCUGCCAGCCCAGCUCCCUCCUGUGUGUCACCCUGUCCUGACUCUGUCCCCUCCAGUCAGGGGGCCUGGGCCAGGCCUGCGCCACCGCCCCCAGGACAACGGUGGUUCCCAAGCAGGGGCCAGGCAGGGGCCAGAUGCUGGAAGCUGCCAGCAGCCAAGGCCAAGCCUGCCUCCUGGUCCCCAUCAGAAUCUAGAUAUGGGGGAAGCCAGGAAGCAAGGCAGUCACUGGCCUGCGGUCCUCAGUGUCUGGGGCCCGGCGAGCAGACAGUCUAGACCCCUGAGGUCAUGGGGAGAGCCCACCCGUGCCCACCUGGCAGGGCGUCCUCACUGCUGGUGUGUCUGAGAGGACGUGUCACCUGGGGGCUUCUCCUGCGCUCCCUUGGGGACAGGUCUCUGAGGCCACAACCAGGUGCUGAGAAGGCCAGGCUGCCACCGUGUUGCCCAGAGGCACCUCCAGGUGCCCUGCGGUGCAGUCCCUUCUAAGGACGUGUUUGUGCCCAGCACCAGUGCCCACGGGGUGCCAGUUCCCCACGGUGCCUGACCUCAGCUCUGCUGGGAACUCGGGGGCCCGCUUUUCUUCUUUCUCUCCACCCUGUGGUUCCCACCAGAUGGUCGCCAAGAACCCACCAUCAGUGGCGGAAGGGCGUGGGGUAUUGGAGGCAGUGCCAGGGGCCUGCGCGCUGGCAGUGCCCAUGGGGCCGCAGGACAUGUGGAGAGGCGGGUGCUCGCCACACAGGCGUCCUGCUGAGGGAUGGAGAGGCCGGCGGGGUGCUCGCCUCGGCUGGGGGUCAGGCCCCACCGCCCUGCUGACUGGGGCCCCAGAAGCAGCGCGGUAGCUUUGCUUGUCUGCGACCUUCCCCGAGACGGCGUGAUUCCUUGGUGAGGGGUUUACAGCACAACUUCCCUUUACGGAUGUGGCUCUUUCAUGCUCCU